CCAUUCAAUUUAAAAAUCACAUUUUCAUUUUUUUUGUGUGUGUAAAGCUGGGAAAAAUGAUUGGCCAUGUAUGCUCACAAGUGGGGGCCACUGCAAUCCGUUCAGAUCUCAGCACAAUUUUCUCCUUACCCGCUACUGCUCCUUUUUUAAAAUAUCGAGUUGUCUAUCUCUUUUUUGGGGCGAAUUUUGAGGGUAAUAUCAAGUUGUCCGAGUAGGCCCCAAUUCCCUCGAGUUGUCUAUCUCUUUGUUGGGGCGAAUUUUGAGGGUAAUAUCAAGUUGUCCGAGCAGGCCCCAAUUCCCAAAAAUCUCGCCCAUCAAUUUAAGCGAAACAAUGAGAAGUGGCCUGUAGUAAAAUUAAGACUGCCAUUGCCCUAUCCUCUCUACAUUCAUAUUCAAAUCUUAGCCCUGCAAUGGAUGCCUUCUUCUCAACCUCCUUAAUGUGCUCCACCUCCACUACUCAUGUCCGACACUCUAGGAGCCGGAAUAUGAUCCGCCCGAUAAAUCCAUUUGCUCCAACAGUCAUUUCCGCCGUCAAGAAACAAGAGAAGCCACAAAGUGGGACUAGGACGAGCACCAAACGCCGUUCUGAUGGUAAUUCUGGAUCAUCGUCUCCGCUGCAGCAGCCUCUUCGCGCCCGAGAGCCAUCAUCCGCAGCCGCUGCCUUUUGCAUCGCAUUGGACAACCUCAUCAACAACUUCAUCGACCUCCCACACCUCCGCCCUUCAGUCGACCCCCGCCACGUCCUUUCCGACAACUGGGCACCUGUCAACGAGCUGCCACCGACAUCUUGUCCUGUUAUUCGAGGCGCCAUCCCCGCGUGCCUACGCGGCGGUGCCUACAUUCGCAAUGGGCCCAACCCACAGUACCUACCGCGCGGGCCUCACCACCUCUUCGACGGCGACGGCAUGCUCAACGCCCUCCUUCUCCCUCAAGGAGGGGACGGCACUGCUCCCGGCACCCUCUGCUCCCGCUAUGUCCGCACUUACAAGUUCCUCCUCGAGCGCGACGCCGGGGGACCCGUCCUCCCAAACGUCUUUUCAGGCAUCAACGGUGCAGCAGGUAUCGCCCGUGGAGUCGUCGCAGCCGCGAGGAUUCUGACCGGGCAGAUCAAUCCGGCGGAGGGGUUUGGCCUCGCCAACACAAGCCUGGCCUUCUUUGGCGGCCGGCUCUACGCUUUGGGCGAGUCUGACCUCCCUUACGCCGUCCGAAUGUCGCCCCAGGAUGGCGAUAUCACUACCCUUGGCCGAUGCGAUUUCGAGGGAAGGCUUUCCAUGGGUAUGACCGCACACCCUAAGAAAGAUCCGGCUACGGGGGAGCUCUUCGCCUUCCGGUACGGGCCGGUGCCGCCCUUCCUGACUUACUUUCACUUCGAUGCCGAGGGAAAUUACAAGACAGGCGAGGACGUGCCAAUCUUCUCGCUGACGCAGCCGUCCAUGGUGCACGAUUUCGCCAUCACAGAACGUUUUGCCAUAUUCCCCGACAUCCAGAUCGUGAUGAAGCCGAUGGAUAUGAUUGCCCCCGGCGGAGGAUCACCAGUUGGGUCGGACCGGGGGAAGGUGCCACGGCUUGGGGUUCUGCCCAAGUACGCCCAAUCGGAUGCUGGUAUGAGGUGGUUCGAGGUGCCCGGGUUCAACAUUAUGCACACCAUCAACGCGUGGGAGGAGGACGACGACGUCAUAGUACUCGUGGCGCCUAACUUGCUGUCGGUAGAACACGCACUGGAUAGGAUGGAGCUGGUCCACAGCACAGUGGAGAUGGUGCGCAUCGACAUGGGGAACGGGGUUGUGUCAAGGACUCCCCUCUCCGCCGAGAACCUAGAAUUUGGCGUCAUCCACCCGGGCUACAUCGGGCGGAAGAACCGAUUUGCUUACCUCGGGGUGGGGGAUCCCAUGCCCAAGAUAUCCGGGGUGAGGAAGCUGGACUUCUCCCUGCGCGGUAAGGGUGACUGCGUUGUUGCCGCUCGGGACUUCGGUCCCGACUGCUUCGGUGGGGAGCCAUUCUUUGUGCCGGCUGGGGAACGCGAUGAGGAAGAUGAUGGGUACGUCAUUUCGUAUUUGCACGAUGAAAGGAACAAAAUUUCCAAAUUUAUCCUGAUGGACGCCCGCUCGCCGCAACUCGACGUGGUGGCGGAAGUGAUGCUCCCAAGCCGGGUGCCCUAUGGCUUCCACGGUCUCUUUCUCACGCAGGCCGAGAUAGGAGCUCAGCGACCGUACUAGUCAGCUACAAAACAAACAGCCCUGCCUGACCUCCCUUUACUUUUUGGCCGUUGCAAUGAUACAAGAAGGCAUACAGAAGGUCUGUUGUUUUAC